AUGGGGUUGGUGGAGGAGCCAUCUGGUGGCCAGCACCUCAGCUACAGGACCUCCCUAUUGUCCACCCUCCCCCACACCCCGGUGACCCCACAGACGGAUCUCUACUGCAAGCCUAAGCAGGCUGCCCCUGCAGCUCCCUGGCCCUCUGCUAGCACCAGGGAGCCCUCUGCUCAAAUGGUCCUGGGCUGGACUGGGUCUCUGGGCAGCACAGAGCUCUGCUUGCAUUUCCACGCAGCAAGGAGGGGCCUGCUUUGCUCUGGAUCGUUCCACCUUCAGAAAGCCCUCCUUACCUCACCCCAAGGUGACAAGAAAGCCCCAGCACUCCAGGCUAUCCUCCUCCAGCUGAGUCACACAGAUAAGGACCAGCUCAUCUCUUAUGCUGUGUCCCCGUGUCCUGGAGCAUGUGGCCAAGAGCUCAGAAAGGGCCAGGUGCUGAACCCUAGCCAGACUGCGGCGCCAGGUGGAUCCAGAGUCCGCGUGGUCCGACCUGGGCCACCAUCCUCCCAAAGGACGCUCAGGAGCUGGUCCUCAAAGCUGGGGGUGUUGGGGGUUCUGCUGCUCCCCAGAGCCCGGGGCGCCUACACAGGCCGUGGAAUUUUUGCUUACAUGAACUACAGAGUCCCCCGGACAAGGAAGGAGAUUUUUGAGACCCUCAUCAAGGGCCUGCAGCGUCUUGAGUACAGAGGCUAUGACUCGGCAGGUGUGGCAAUCGAUGGGAAUAAUCAUGAAGUCAAAGAAAGACACAUCCAGCUGGUCAAGAAAAAGGGCAAGGUGAAGGCUUUGGAUGAAGAGCUUUACAAACAAGACAGUAUGGACUUAAAGGUGGAGUUUGAGACACACUUUGGCAUUGCCCACACACGCUGGGCCACCCACGGUGUUCCCAGUGCCGUCAACAGCCACCCUCAGCGCUCAGACAAGGGGAACGAAUUUGUUGUCAUCCAUAAUGGAAUCAUCACAAAUUACAAAGAUCUGAGGAAAUUUCUGGAAAGCAAAGGCUAUGAGUUUGAGUCAGAAACCGACACAGAGACCAUCGCCAAGCUGAUUAAAUACGUGUUCGACAAUAGGGAAACUGAGGACAUUACUUUUUCAACACUGGUCGAGAGAGUCAUUCAGCAGUUGGAAGGCGCGUUUGCAUUGGUUUUCAAGAGCAUCCACUACCCAGGAGAAGCUGUAGCCACAAGGAGAGGCAGUCCACUGCUCAUCGGAGUUCGGAGCAAAUGCAAACUCUCCACGGAGCAGAUCCCCAUCUUAUACAGGACGUGCAAUGUUGAGAAUGUGAAGAAUAUCUGUAAAACGAGGAUGAAGAGGCUGGACAGCUCCACCUGCCUUCACGCUGUGGGUGACAAAGCCGUGGAAUUCUUCUUUGCUUCUGAUGCAAGCGCCAUCAUAGAACACACCAACAGGGUCAUCUUCCUGGAGGAUGAUGACAUCGCUGCGGUGGCUGAUGGGAAACUCUCCAUUCACCGAAUCAAACGCUCAGCUAGUGAUGACCCAUCUCGAGCCAUCCAGACCUUGCAAAUGGAAUUACAGCAAAUCAUGAAAGGUAACUUCAGUGCAUUUAUGCAAAAGGAGAUCUUCGAACAGCCAGAAUCCGUUUUCAAUACCAUGAGAGGCCGAGUGAAUUUUGAGACCAACACAGUGCUCCUAGGUGGCCUGAAGGACCACUUGAAGGAGAUUCGACGGUGCCGAAGGCUCAUCGUGAUUGGCUGUGGAACCAGCUACCAUGCUGCUGUAGCUACACGACAAGUGUUGGAGGAACUGACCGAGCUCCCUGUGAUGGUUGAGCUCGCCAGUGAUUUUCUGGACAGGAACACACCUGUGUUCAGGGACGACGUCUGCUUUUUCGUCAGCCAGUCCGGCGAGACCGCGGACACGCUCUUGGCGCUGCGCUACUGCAAGGACCGCCGUGCACUCACCGUGGGCGUCACCAACACUGUGGGCAGCUCCAUCUCGCGCGAGACCGACUGCGGAGUGCACAUCAACGCGGGCCCGGAGAUCGGCGUGGCCAGCACCAAGGCCUACACCAGCCAGUUCAUCUCUCUGGUGAUGUUUGGCUUGAUGAUGUCUGAAGACCGGAUCUCACUGCAAAACCGGAGGCAAGAGAUCAUACGCGGCCUGCGGUCCUUACCUGAGCUGAUCAAGGAGGUGCUGUCACUGGAAGAGAAGAUCCAUGACUUGGCCCUGGAGCUCUACACACAGAGAUCCCUGCUGGUGAUGGGCAGGGGCUACAACUACGCCACAUGCCUGGAAGGAGCCUUGAAAAUUAAAGAGAUAACCUACAUGCAUUCGGAAGGCAUCCUGGCUGGGGAGCUGAAGCACGGGCCCCUGGCACUGGUUGACAAGCAGAUGCCAGUCAUCAUGGUCAUCAUGAAGGAUCCUUGUUUUGCCAAAUGCCAAAAUGCUUUGCAGCAAGUCACGGCCCGCCAGGGUCGCCCAAUCAUACUGUGCUGCAAGGAUGACACGGAGAGUUCUAAGUUUGCAUCUAAGACCAUCGAGCUGCCGCACACUGUGGACUGCCUUCAGGGCAUCCUGAGCGUGAUCCCGCUGCAGCUUCUGUCUUUCCACCUGGCUGUGCUCCGAGGGUAUGAUGUUGACUUCCCCAGAAAUCUGGCCAAGUCCGUCACCGUGGAAUGAGGAGAGCGCCACCUUUAGUCUGAUUUGAGACCUGUCACACAACAGGUGCUGCAAGGGAAAAGUGGGCACUGCCCUGUGCCACGUGUUCCAGUAGAGCUUGACAGCUUCAACGUGCCUUGUACCCAAGUGCUUUUGCUUACAGCAAAUACUGUUUCUCUGUGUCCUGAAGUCGCCUGAGGAGCAGGAGAUUAUUGUUUACACAUGGGGAUCAGAGCAGACCUUUCCGCUGCUGUGCAAAAGAGAUACGGCUCUCUCAGAGUAACUGUGAACCUUUUUAAACCAACACUAGUUUUAAAACAAAGUAUUUAUAAUGAUGAUUGUAUAGCUUUUAAGUUAUUUUUCUAUAUGUGGCUUUCUGUGGCCAUGUUCAUACCCAGGCUCUUCAUCUCAGCUACCCACCGCACUGGCUCCGGGUUUGCUCCUGGCGAGUGGCCUCCAUCUCAGAUUGAGCACAAGGGAUUAACCAUCUGGACUUCUUUUACCCUCCUCUCCUCCUGGGCUGCUCCUGGUUCCUGCCUUCUGAUGUCAGUGAAACCCUCCAACCAUCUUCCUAUUCCUCCCAUAAGUCCAGUUGAAAUUUCAGCUUCCUUCAAUACUUUUUUCUAUUUUAGGACCCAAAUCUGGCCAACUGUCAGACUUAGGUUGAAUCAGACAAUGGUUUGUUUUAAGCCCAAGUAGCGUUUUGGUCCCUGCCCCCUACCCAUAUUAAAACAGCUUGAAAUGUCCCGUGCAAGAGGGUAGUUUCAAAUGGCUACCCUGGUCUCUGUUUAAAAGCAUGCACAAUCAAAAGUACUAUGCAAUUUUAAGAUAGUAAAGACAAUACAUUUGCAUGUGCGUUUAUAUGUGUGGAUUUGGUUAACCUCAUUCUUUUUGUGUACUUUAGAUAUUGCCGACUUCCAAGGAUCUCGGCAGGGUCUGGUGGGAAAAGCCGUUGCUUAGUGCCACAAUUUGGAUGUGGUUUGACAUGUCCCACCGGGGUUCAUGUGUUGAAAAUAGGUAUGAAGGGAAAUUCUAGGGUCCAAAUCUCAGUUUGAUUUAGGUCUUUUUUUUUUUUACUUCACAGUACAGCCAAAGUGGUACACAUCCAAUAGAAACCAUAUACAUGCAAUCAUUAUUUUUAUAUUUUCAGUAUAUUUAAUAAAUUACAUGAGAUAGUCAACAUUUGUUUUAUAAAACACCUUUGUGAUAGAUGAUUUUUGUCCAUUUGUAGGCAAAUGUAGAGUUAUGAGCAUGUUCUAGGUAGGUGGUUUGAUUGGUAGGUUAGGUGUAUUAAGUGCAUUUUCAACUUACGAUGUUUUCAACCUAUGGUGGAUUUAUCCAGUCACAGUCCCACUGUAAAUCGAGGAACAUCUGCACUCAUUUCUGUUCUGGAAAAGGCGGACAGAAAUGUAGGUCCAGCAUAUAGGAGGCCCUAACAGCCCUGAGUGCUCCCCAAAACUCUCCCUUCUCAGGGCCCAGGUGAUGAUGGCCGUGACCUCCACCCAAACUCCAACUAUGGAGUGUUGGCAGGAACCCAAGAACUAUGGUGACUUUCCUAGACCUCCAUCUAGUCCUCACCAAUUAACAAGGGGCUGCCUCCUUCAGGAAAUAACUAGACUGUUUUUACCAUUCUGAUCAAGCCAUGGUCAAUAUAACUCCUAAGAUAGGAAACUGUUUACAGUCUAGCCAGAACAUGUUUAUCUGGUCAAGACUUAGAAAAAUGUUUCUGAACCUUACAGCCAAGAAGCAACGGUUGUCUUGACCUUUGUGCUAACAUUCCCCUCACUCUUCCUUGUAGUUCUACCUGUGUGUCUAUCUGUAAUAAUAUACUUGGCCCUCUUGAGUUCCACUUCCACAUCCGUGGAUUCAACCAACCACAGAUGGAAAACAUUUGAAAAAUAUCCCAGAAAAAAACCCCUAUAAAACUUGAAGUUGCUGUACAUCAAGUAGUAUGCUGAAUCUAUAUGAAUGAAGUGAUAUGU